AUGUUUGGUUAUAACAGAAACCCCGCCAAUACCAUAACUUUCAACCCUACCACCUCCAAAUACUGUGUCAACUUUGCUGGGAAAACCAUAGAAACAACAGUCACAGACAAAGGUAGCACCAUAGAUGAAUGGGUUCAGCAGUGGCGGAGCCUCGAAAUCCUUUCCAUGUACGAUGGAAAACCCACUGUCGUUGGCUUAGACAUUGAAUGGAGGCCUCAUCCAAUCCGUUCAAUGAGCAACAAAUCUGCGACCCUGCAACUUUGCAUUGAUGAAAAGUGCCUCAUCAUUCAACUCUUCUAUUCGGACUACAUCCCCGAGUCCCUGAAGAGCUUUAUGAUGGACUCCAACUUCAUUUUUGUUGGGAUUGAGGUUGAUGACGACAUAGCCAAGCUCGACAAUGAAUAUGGGCUACCAAGUAACAAAAGCGCCGACAUCCGUGAGCUGGCAAAGGCACAAUGGCCGGGCCGGUUUCGUAGGCCUGGCUUGAAGGAUCUGGCUUUGGAAGUUUCGGGGCUUGCUAUGAAGAAGCCUAAGCAUGUGUGCAUGAGUAACUGGGAGGCAAGGGUGCUUAAUGAGAAUCAAGUUGAGUAUGCUUGUCUCGAUGCCUAUGCUUCUUAUAGGGUAGGCCACAAGCUUCUCUUUGAACUUUGA